UCCACAGAACCGGAACUUGACCUUUAACCUUAAGCUGGGAAUUUAAUAUUUCCCGUCAUGCCAAAUAUCGUGACGUCAUUAGAAAGCAGAAAAUGGCGGCCGCAGCAGCAAGAAGAGGAGCGCCCGCCGCUAACCGUGUGUGCUGUCCUGAACACCCAGACGCUCACCUGAUAGAAGACUACAGAGCAGGGGACCAGAUCUGUUCAGAGUGUGGACUAGUAGUGGGGGACAGGGUUGUUGAUGUCGGUACAGAAUGGAGAACGUUCAGCAAUGAGAAGUCAGACAAGGACAGGUCCCGUGUAGGAGCUGCUGAGAACCCCCUGUUGAGCGGCGGUGACCUGUCCACCAUGAUCAGUCGACCCUCGGGGUCGGCCGGGUUUAAUGAGGAUGGCAGCGCCAAGUACCACAACAGAAGAUCUAUGUCCAGUUCUGACAGAGCCCUGGUGAACGCCUUCCGAGAGAUCACCGGCAUGGCAGACCGCAUCAACCUGCCCAGAAACAUUGUGGACCGGACCCAGAUGUUGUUUAAACAGGUGAAUGACCAGAAGAGUCUGAAGGGGCGCAGUAAUGAUGCCAUCUCUGCAGCCUGUCUGUACAUCGCAUGUAGACAGGAGGGGGUGCCCAGAACAUUCAAAGAAAUCUGUGCAAUCUCACGAGUGUCUAAGAAGGAGAUAGGCCGAGUGUUCAAGUUGAUUCUGAAGGCGCUAGAGACAAGUGUGGAGCUCAUCACAACUGGGGACUUCAUGUCGCGGUUCUGUUCCAACUUGAACCUCCCGAGCCAGGUCCAGCGAGCGGCCACCCACAUAGCCAGGAAAGCUGUGGAGCUGGACUUGGUACCAGGACGAAGCCCCAUCUCAGUAGCAGCAGCAGCUAUCUACAUGGCAUCACAGGCCUCAGAGGAGAAGAGAACUCAGAAAGAAAUUGGCGACAUCGCGGGCGUGGCUGACGUCACCAUUCGCCAGUCGUAUCGCCUGAUCUACCCUCGCGCCCACGAGCUGUUCCCUGCAGAUUUCACCUUCCACACUCCCAUCGACCAACUGCCACAGCUGUAGAGCUGUCAGUCACUGUCUUAGACAGAUCUGUUAUACCCUGUUACACAGUCGGCGCAGUGUUCUCACCAGGAUCUUUUCACAGCAUAGAGGCAUCUUUGGGCAGCAAAACCAGCGUUAUGUAGGCAUAAACAUUGUCAGAGGUCUGGGGGGGAUCCUCCUCCUGAAAAUUUUUAAAUAUCUAACCCCCUGAAACCCUAUUUCCUGCAUUUUUAGAGCCAAAUAUUGGGAAAUAUAGCUAACUUUAUUUUACCUUAAUGUUACAAAACUACAAAAAUAAUUCCAUUUGUUGGUUAAAACACAGCAUAGGGGCACAAAUCACAGCAUAGGGGAAAAAAUCACAGCAUAGGGGCCCCCUAUACUGAAAAGGCUUGGCGAGAACACUGCGGUGAGUGUCUGCCCAAUUUGAUGAUUGCCAGAAGGUCAACGAACUGGUGAACAUCGGUGAUUCCUAAAAGUUGCAAAAUGAUCGAGAGAACACCAGGCACAGUACUGCCAAAAAUUCCAUUUAGCGCUUGGUCAAUUUUUCUGCUGGGUGACAGUGGUGUAAGGGGUAUAGCAAGUAUCCUCCUUUUGUACUGAUAAAGUAAUAUUAUUGUUAUUGGACAAAUGUGGAAGUGUAUCUUAAUUAGAGUCUUGGCAGUGUAUCUAUUAGUUAUGUUAUAUCUACAGAUACAUGUAGGUGCAUCUUUUCAGUGAAUAUAUUAUAUGAAAUGCUAGUCUUCAGUUUCAGCAUACUUAUCAUUAUCAAGAAAAAGUAAAGUCCAUUUCCUUGUAAAGAGGUAUGUAGUUUUUACUCAGAAAAAGAAGUUGGGUUAUUUUGGUACUUUUCCAGACAUUGUCAGUUCAAACUUUAUUUACCUCCAGGUAAAGGAAUACUUUUCUUUUGUCACUCUUAUUUUCAAACCAUGUCAAAUUUUCACACGGACUCCAAAGAAUAUGGAAAAAGUUUUAGAAGUAGGUUUAUCUAUCAAAUGUAGGUGUAAGUCAAGUUCAUUCCAUUGGUCGGCAUAGAAUUUUUGUCACAUUUUUGAGCAUAUAUUUUCUUAUGUCAAGGUACUCAGUUUUUCCAGGCCAUGCUUGUAUACUUGUAUGAAUAUAGCACCAGAGCAAAUACACCAAGCGCAAAGUUUAUAUGAUCUUUCAAAGUUUUACAGAAACAUUAAAGACACGUUUUUCAGUCUUG